AUGGGCAUGUCCUACCGUCGUUACCUCACCGGCGAGCGCAUCUACGGCUGCUCGACAUGCAAGACCCAUCUCGCGACCAUCCACUCUAUGAUCUCAAGAGCAUUCAAUGGCCAGCACGGCAGAGCUUACCUAUUCGACGGUGUUGUUAAUGUCGAUGAGGGCGAGCCCUGCGACCGGCCCAUGACAACGGGCAAUCACACCGUCCGCGACAUCUACUGCGUCAAAUGCGGUACCACAUUAGGAUGGAAAUAUGACCGAGCCUACGAAACCAGCCAGAAGUACAAAGAGGGCAAGUACAUCCUCGAGCGCAAUCUCCUCGUCGACGUCCAGUAG